CGUAUGUAGUUAUAGUCAACUUGGUAAACAAAUUAAUACACUUGUUAGUCGCUGAUGUUUAUUGUUUAUUAUGGUAGACUGGGUAGUUUAUAUUCUACUGUAUCAUAUGUAUGACACGUAAUUUUUGUAUUCUGUAAUAAUCCAAAACAAAGCAGUUAAAAGAAACUUGUAAUCUGUUCUAACCAAGGAGUCAAAGUUACACAAACACAGCCGUCAAGAUGAUGGACUAUUUCGUAACCAACAGUUCUCUGGCUCCUGCUCCAACAGGAAUUCAGAGUACAGCUGGUGCUGUUCCAGUCAAAAAUGACAAAGGUGAGGUUUCUAUGAAGAAGGUAAAGGUGCAUCGUUACGUAUCGGGUAAAAGACCAGAUUAUGCACCCACGGCUAGUUCGGACGAAGAAUCAGAUGAAGAUGACUUCCUUGACAAGCGACGUCCCCACGACGAGACCGAAGGAGUUCUCGAGCCUCCAGAGAUCGAAGAACAAGAACACAGGGACGAAGAUGAUCCUCGCUUGCGACGUCUCACAAGAUUGGAACAAGAACGUGACAACGAUGAUGAGCUCCGGAUAGAAAGACGGAGACGUAUACAAGAACCAGAAGUGCUCAUAGUAGAUGAAGCCGAGGAAACGGCCAAAGAACGCAUCAGACUCGACAGCUCUGAGUCGUCUGACGAAGAGGAGCUCUCCGAUGAGGAAAUAGAGAGAAGAAGAGAGGCACUCAAGCAGAGGGUUCUGUCGCGCAAAGAUGGUGAAGAGGAGCUCGUCGUGGAAGAUGACGAAGAUGAAAAGUCCGGGGAUAGUAGCGAAUCCAGUUCAGAGUAUGAAGAAUACACUGAUUCUGAAGAGGAAACGGGUCCCAGAUUAAAACCCGUGUUCGUGAGGAAACGCGACAGGAUCACCGUUAUGGAGAAAGAAAAAGAAGCUCAAAAACAGAAGCUGGCAGAAAUAGAAGCUAAAAAGCUUGCCGAGGAAAGAAAGAAGUGCACCCUGAAGAUGGUCGAGGAAUCCAUACGACAAGAAGACCAAGUACGCACGAGCAAAUAUGAAAACGAGGGACAUCUUAACGACGUCAACACCGAGGACGAGAACGACGAGCUCGAGUACGAGGCUUGGAAGCUGCGUGAGCUCAAGCGGAACAAGCGUGAUCGAGAGGAGCGUGAGGCAGUGGAGAAGGAACGCUUGGAGAUAGAGAAGUUGCGCAACAUGACUGAAGAAGAGCGCAGACAAGAGGCUCGCAUGAAUCCCAAAGUCGUUACGAAUAAGGCAGCCAAGGGCAAAUAUAAAUUUCUACAAAAGUACUACCAUCGCGGUGCCUUUUAUCUGGAUAAGGAUGAUACAAUUUUCAAGCGAGACUUCUCUGGCGCUACGCUUGAGGAUCAUUUCGACAAGACCAUCCUGCCCAAGGUGAUGCAGGUCAAGAACUUUGGCCGUAGUGGCAGGACCAAGUACACUCAUCUGGUUGAUCAAGAUACCACAAUCUUUGACUCACCUUGGAUUUCCGAAACCGCUCAAAAUUUGAAGUUCCACAAUAACGCAGCAGCUGGUGUUAAGCACGUGUUUGAUCGGCCGUCAUUGAAAAAACGUAAAGCGGAAAAUUAAUGUUAUGACAAAAUCAACAGACAACAUGUCUCACAAUACAUGUAUAAGUAAUCUCUAUGUCCUUGAACCGAACAAUAUUCAGUUACGAGACGUAUACUUUGUAUACCGACUGAUAUAUUGUCAGUGGGUUAAAAUAUUUAAUAAUUAUUUUGCUUCUUGAUUGAAUAUUUUAAAAAUAAAUUCUUAGCCUUAAAAAGUAUCCUGAGUUGUAAUGUGAACAAAAAUAUUCACGCUGCUUGCAAGCAUCUACAUGUACGUAAAUAAAUUUAUUUAUUGUUUGCUUGUAAGCAGAGUAAACCUUUUUGUUAAUCUUUGGAAGACAGAUAUUCAUAUUAUAAACUCCUUGAAAAAUUAGCCUAGACUCGCGCCUUAAGUCAUAGAUUAACCAUGUACAAAUGUGUUAGCCCUACCAAACCAAAAACGCGAAUCUUAACAUGAAUAAAAAAGUGAACAUAAGUUGUCCAA